GACGUGCUUCAGACGGAGCGGUUUGGCCCCGGUGCGAACGUGUAUAAAAUAUAUCUCUAUCUAUCGAAAAUCAUUAUAAAUUAACAAUAAAAAUAAAAACAAGUGCAAACGUGUGAGAAAAAUAAAAGUUGAAAAAUGCAAACGUGUAGAAGAAGAAAAGCCGUAGGCGAUACGGCCACGAUCUCGUGGCGACGACUGUGUUUGGCCAGUCUCUUGGGAUUAUUGCUGCUUGGCAUUCAAAUUGAGCAUGCGGCGUCUGCGCCUGCAGGCGAGGAUGAUGCAGCAACGACCAUGCCACCACCACCACCUAUGGAUGCCACAACAACAGAAUCUACAACAGUCUCCUCUACCGCAGCAGAAACAACAAUUGGCGUAGAACAAAGCAGCAUCGGCAGCACCAGCACCAGCACCAGCAGUACCACUGAGGAAGCGGAUAGUUCAACGACUUCAAGCACUACAGAAACGUCCAACAAAUUGAAUGCGGCCGAAGCUGAUGUGACCACAACAUCCCUUCCACCUACCAACAGCAGCAGCUCCCUGCCCCCAGCUGCUGGAGACACAAUGAGUAGUUCUUCUGUGAGUUCUACCAGCAUUGAACCAAUCACCUCGACAGAGCCCACAACAACGCCGCGACAGGAGAGUGAUGGACCCGAACAGCACUUGAUCUUCUCGCACACGGAGGCGGAUCAGACCCACAUCCAGCACAUACCCCUGAGGGAUGAGCACGCGGAGAAUAGUGGAGCUGAUGCCACCACCGAGGCACUGAAGGAUCCACGAGAAGAUCAGCUGCUCAAUCAAAUAUCCAAUGAGAACGAUGAUGUGGUCAAGGAUCUGAAUAAUUUCCGACAUCCGGCGACGCUGAUCACGGCGAGCAACAGCAACAGCGAGGAGAACAGUGACUCCUCAGUGAUUCCCAAUGAAAAUGAAAGUGAAAAGACAGAGGAAACAAAAACAACCAGUACAACAACAACGACAACGACAACGACAGAGGCAACACAGCAGAUCGAGCGCGAAGAGGAUCCCUAUCAUGUGCAUAUACUGUCCGAGAAUCAUGAUCGCCUGGCCGAACACGAAGAUUAUCAAAUGCUGUCGACCAGCACCGAGGAGUCCUCGUCAUCGUCAGAGCCAGCUAUAACAACUACAACCACAGAGAGCAGCUCUGAUGCAGGUAUUAUUGUCAGUCUGGAGAACAAGGCGACUGCCGAGCCAUCCACAUCCACAUCCACAGAGGGUACGACGACUACAACUACAACCACAUCUCGAGCACGCGCCAUGCAUAUGAAUGAGGAGCCAGAAAUCGAAGCGGCGGCGGCUGCCACCACAAUCAUGCCACCAGACAACGAAUCGUCGUCGGGUCCAGUGAUUAACAUUGUUGAAGGACAACACAUGAAACAGGAGGAGGAGUCGCAGUCGGAGUCGGAGAGCAGCAGCAGCAGUACAGCCACCAGCACAACGCCAGCCACAACCACCACAGAGGAGCCAUCGCCAUUUGUGGCCUUUGCCGGCGAGGGACGGUCAGCGGGUGGUGCCGGCGAUGAUGAUGUGGAGGAGCUCUUCCUGCAUCGCAAUGCCACAACACAUGAGCAGCUCAUGGAUCUGAGUGAUGUCAGCAUGGAUGAGGAUCCCAAGGAGAGUAGCAGUAGCACCAGUACCAGUACCAGUACUUCUUCCACAACCACAACAUCAACAUCGACGACCACUGUUCAACCGGAAACGGAAAUGCCCAAAAUAGUAGAAAUCACCGCCAGCGGGGAUACGAUGCAACGUGAAUGUUUGGCCAACAGCAAGAGCUACAAGCAUGGCGAUACCAUGGAGAGGGAAUGCGAUGAGCGUUGCACUUGCAACCGCGGCGACUGGAUGUGUGAGCCACGUUGCAAGGGCUUGAGCUAUCCCCGUGGCAGCCAGCGCAGCAUGGCCAAUCCCAACUGCAGAGAGCGUGUGGUGGAGGAGGAUGAGUGCUGUCGGAUGAUGGAAUGCAAUGAACCUUUGCUAGAGCCCACUGUGGCCAUAUCCGAGCAGGGAGCAGCACCAGCAAUGGCAGCAGCAGCAGUGGAAGAGGAAGCCACUACCAUUUCCAGCACCGAUGAUGAAGCCACGCCCAAGCCGAAGAAUGAUUGCCAUUACAUGGGAGGCGUUUAUAAGUUCCGCGAACGCCUGGAGAUCGCCUGCGAUCAGAUCUGCCACUGUGCCGAGGGUGGAGUGAUGGACUGCCGUCCACGGUGUCCGGAGAGGAAUCACACGCGGGCCGACAAGUGUGUGUAUGUGAAGGAUCCCAAGGAUGUGUGCUGCCAGCUCGAGCUGUGCGAUGUCACCCUGGAUGAUCAUGAGCAGCCGCAGUCCCCGCCCCAGAACAGUGUGAACGAGGAUUCGGAGGAGGAGCACCACCAACAGGAACAUCUAUAUGGGUUGCAGGAGCAGGCCAGAGAUGCUGGAGGUGCCACGUCCGGCUGCACCUUCAAGGGCUCCCAGUACGAGGUGGGACAGCAGUUCCGCGAUGGCUGCGAACAGUUGUGCAUCUGCAAUGAGCAGGGGAUCCACUGUGCCAAGGUGGAGUGCCCCUCGAACUUCGGAUUGGACGUGCAGGAUCCGCACUGCAUCCGCUGGGAGCCGGUGCCCGCAGACUUCAAGCCUAUUCCCCCGAACUGCUGUCCGGAGAGCAUGCGAUGUGUGGACAAUGGCACGUGCACCUAUAAGGGCUUGCAGUUCGAUAACUGGGCUCCGAUUCCAGCGAAUCUUUCAGGUUGUGAUCAGCAUUGUUAUUGCGAGAAUGGGCGUGUGGAGUGCCGUCCGGCGUGUCCGCCAGUGCUGGCAUUGCCGCCCGCGGACCUGCCCUGCCAUCCGGCACAGGCUCGCCUCCUUCCGAUACCCGAUGACGAGUGCUGCAAGCAAUGGAGCUGUGCACCGCUGGUGCCAAAGAUCGGGGCUGCCGGGCAGGAGGAAUCCCCCAAAGAAUCGUCCACGCAAUCCACUCCGAUUUCCAAUGAAACUACAACGACAGCGACGACCACGACAAGUACAACAACCACUGGCAAAAUGCCGCCCCAGAAGAAGCCCUCAUCUCCAGGUGCCUUCUAUCCCACAUUGGACGGCAAGCCACCAAAGUCCACUGGAGGAGGCCUGGGCAUCUUUGAGAAGACAGAGAAAAACCAUGAGAAGGGCCAUGAAAAAGGACACAAGAAGGUGCAACACCAGCACCAGCAGCAGCAGCAGCAACAGGAGCAGGAGCAACAGCAGCAUCAGCAACAGCAGCACCAGAACGAUGUCAUAUUCGAUGAUCGUGAGGGACACUUGCAGCAGAAUGGCGGCUUUGUGCCCUUCCAAUUCGGUCACCAGCAUCCGCACCAGCAGCACCUAGGACCCUUUGGAUUCUACAAUCCCGUGAAGCCUGUCUAUGAGGACUACAAUCCCUAUGAGCCGUACGACAUUAAUCCCAACGGAACGCCCCAAGGCAAGCCACCACCAGUGCCGACUAGUCAAUCGGAUCUGUUUAAUAUACUGGGAGCAGAACAGCCAGGACAUCAGGGGCAUCCCAAUCAUAAUGGACAUCCAGCGCAGACCCAAAAGGAUAAUCAUAAUCUGCCCUCCCAAGUGAGAAUCGAACAGAUUCUGCAGCAUUUGCAGCAGACCGUGCCAGGCGGACCACCGUCCCAACAGCAGCAGCAGAAUCCCCAACAGCAGCAGCAGCAGAAUCCCGGACAUUAUGUGCCCAUUGUGCACAGUGGAUUGCCGCCACCGCCGCCAGCACAUGGCAUUGCCAUUGUCGAUGGCCAGCCCGUGGCAUAUGAGAGCUAUCCGGUGAUACCGGGCCUGGGAGUGCCGCCACCACCAAUCCAUCAGCAGCAGCAGCAACAGCAGCAACAGAAGCAACAGCCACUGCAACAGCAGGCCACAAUCCUGCCCAGCUCCAGCACUACUUCAGGAUUGUCCACCCAAGCCAGUGAGCAUAGUCUACACCAGAAUCAGGAGACGCUAACGAAGCAGCAGCAGCAAUCCAAUCCAGGCAAUAGCAAACUGCAGCCAGACAUCGAAGUUCAUACUCUGGAGGCUCUGGAUGCACGAACCAUUCACAUUGUCUUCACUGUACCCGAGGUCUAUGUGAAUCUCCAUGGACGCAUCGAACUGCGCUACACGAAUGGACCUAGCAAUGACACCUCGACCUGGGAGCAACAGAUCUUUGCACCGCCAGAGGAUCUCCUGGCCACCUCGCAGAUGGAGUUCGACUUGAACUAUCUAGAGCCCAAUUCCCUGUACAAAGUAAAGAUCACACUGAUCCUCAGGGAUCUCAACUCCCAACCAUCGAGCACUGUGCAUGUGGUAAAGCUACCAGCGGAGAGGACCAUCACACCACCUCCGCCCUUCACCGACUACAGGCCGGACUUCCAGGACAUCUUCAAGACCGUGGAGGAUGCAGAGUUGAAUGUCAGCGAAACGAAUGCCACAUGGCUGCAGUUGACAUGGAAGAAGCUCGGCGACGAGCAGAUGGAGUAUGUGGAUGGAGUGCAGCUGCGCUACAAGGAGCUCACGGGCAUGAUCUACUCCUCAUCCCCACUGAUACACCGCACCCUCACCAGCUACACCAUCCAGAACUUGCAGCCGGAUACGGGCUACGAGAUCGGUCUCUACUACAUUCCUCUGGCCGGCCAUGGGGCAGAGCUGCGUGCCGGACACAUGAUCAAGGUGCGCACAGCGCCCAAGAUCGAUGUGUAUGGCUUCGAUGUGACUGUGAAUGUCACCAAGGUGAAGACCCAGAGCGUGGAGAUCUCCUGGAAUGGUGUGCCCUAUCCGGAGGAUAAAUUCGUGCACAUCUAUCGCGCCAUCUACCAGAGCGAUGCUGGGAAGGAGGACUCGAGCGUGUUCAAGGUGGCCAAGCGGGACAGCACCACAGGCACUCUCAUUAUGGACCUCAAGCCGGGCACCAAGUACCGCCUUUGGCUGGAGAUGUAUCUGACGAAUGGCAAUACCAAGAAGAGCAAUGUGGUUAACUUUAUCACGAAGCCAGGAGGACCGGCCACGCCUGGAAAGACAGGAAAACUCCUCACAGCAGGCACAGAUCAACCAGUGGGUGACUAUUACGGUCCCCUGGUUGUGGUCUCUGUGAUCGCCGCUUUGGCCAUUAUGUCCACGCUGGCCCUGCUCCUCAUCAUCACCCGGAGGCGAGUCCAUCAAACGGCGUCCAUUACACCUCCACGCAAGAGCGAUGCGGCCUAUGACAAUCCCUCAUACAAAGUGGAGAUCCAACAGGAGACUAUGAUACUUAAAUCCCCUCCUUCCAGAUCUGUAACUCACGAAUCUGCCAAAAACACUUAGUUCUAAAACAGAUUCUUGUAAAUAUUUAAAGAAAAAACGAAAGGAAGGAUGGAAAAAAUAAGGAAAAGUAAUGGAAAAACUCAAACUCAGUGUCAGUAAAAAUUAUGUAAUCAAAAAAAAAACGAUGGAAAAAAAAUAAUUUUCUUAAGCCGGCGCAAGAUCAGUAAAAAAUUGUCCCAAAUGUGGAAUUCGGCCGCCAUGUUGUACGUAGUGUUUAAGUAAUCAA